AUGAGAAUCUUAAUCAACAUUUUAUUUGGAUUUGCAGUUUUAAUAUUAAAUCAAAAUUUGCAAGUUUCUGCCAACAUUCGCGGACCUUACAACCCUGAUCUAAUCUACCGAUGUGUCAAAAAUCCUACGGAGAAUCCAGAAAUGUGCGUUCAAGAAUUUCAAAAAUACAUCGCAACUAUGAAUCAAUUUACAACACAACAGGAUGUUCCUUAUCUUGAGCAACUCAAAAAUAAUGGUUAUAAUGGAAUCUAUCCUGCCAGGCGUGGAUGA